AUGUUCGCCUUCAUGCAAGCGCUUUUUCUGUAUUGGGUGACGCUGACCGUCAUGAAUGGACCCGAGCCCUCUUUCUUCUACGGGCAUGGAGCAGGGUCAGGAUGGGCACACCUUAUAGUGGGCCGCCAGGGUCCCAAUUCCCUGGAAGGCAGGCGAGCGGAGAACAUUAUCGAUGAUUACAACGCUGCCUUAGAUGCGAGGGUUGAAGUAGCUCCCGCCGUUACUUCUGAAGCUGCGCCUGCAGCGCCCACGAGCAAAUUACGUCAGGCAAAGCCAAGCGGAGAGGCUAAGCAAGAGCCGGCUCGCAUCAAGAAUGCCAAACGGGCAUACAGGCGGGCAGUUCAACGAGCACAGCGAUCCGUAGACAACACGACGAGAUACCGUGGGAGACGCCUGCAUCUGCAGCAACUGGGAGGUCCGCACUUGACUGUGCGACGCGAGACGAACGCCAGCCCAAGACGCACCGCAGCCCCGGCUGACAGUGGGCCUAGACUGCGGAUACUCACCACGAACCUCGGUGGUACGUGCAAUGCCACCUACGACAUCCUGAUGAAUUGGCUCGAGGAGAAAAAGAAUGAGUACGACAUUAUACAGUUGCAGGAGGUACACUAUGGCUUGGGGAAAGACUUCGUAGAGUAUCAGACAGACUCGUGGAUAGUGGUGUCCAGCCCGGACCCGAAGCACCGAUGGGCUGGAGUGGCCACGCUGAUCUCACGCCGCUUGGUUCUGCAGCAAGAGGUCCGUCACAACGUAUUGAUACAGGGCAGACUUUUACACGUGCGGACUGUCUGGGAGAAGGUGGGUAGACUGCUAAGACUCUACAAGAGCAGCGCAACACAUCCCGACGCAGAGGAAUUUGCGCAGGCUUACACCUACCAAGAGCCAGGCGCCACAGUGAAGCGUAGCCAAAUUGACUACAUCAUCGUAAGUCCAACCGCAGCCGAUGGCCAGGCAACGCCAGAUGCAGCGCAGACCCUGACGCGGCAAAUCCAUGACUGCUGCGUGGAAGUCUUUCCGCAGCGUGCUGUCGGCACCGCGCUUCGGCCAUGGCAGCAGCCGGAGGUGAAACUAGCAGUCAAGGAUCUUUGGGAACGCUACCACGAACUUAGGGAACCCAAUAGACAGUUCUAUCAAAUGUCCGUAACAGAUCCGGAUGCUGACUUGAAGCAGUUUGCGUUCGAUGCACUUCGCAAAGUAGCAGCCUUCCAGAAAUGUCAACGUAUCCUCAAAACUCGUGGAAAGGAACGCCGACAAGCGCUUGUGCAUGCUACACUGCGAGAAGCAGAAGACGCCGCCGAAGCUGGGGAUAUGCACGCCCUGUACCAGAGUAUACGUAAGCUCGCCCCCAAAGCCCGGAAGGAGAAAAUUCAAAUAAGAGAUAAGAACGACCAGAUUCUUAGUCCCCAAGCCGAAUACCAGGCCAUCCACGACAACUUCGAAGCUCUAUACAGCCAAGGACCCCCCAAUAAGACCGUCACGUACUAUCUCCAGCAAGCAUACGCGGUGACGGAUGCUGAGAUACUUCGUAGUCUUCAAAGGCAGAGUUCUGGUAAAGCGGUCCCACAGGGGAAGGUGCCGCCGGAAGUAUGGUGUCUGGCGCCGGGGCCCAUUGCUCUGCCGACGGACUGGCGCGACGGGAGCACUUAUAAUGCCAUCAGUAGGGUAGCUAGGCACUGCCAAUCAGCCCGACAGCUCCUGGGAAGCACCCGCCGGGAAGUGCAUGACCGCCGCGCCGGCACGCGAUGCGUAACGGCAGCUGGAGCCGCUGCGCUAAGCAUAGACAUGAGUAAGGCCUUUGACCAGGUAAGUCACGCAUACCUAGCUCAGGCCCUCGCUCAUCACGGCGUAGACCAGGACACUAUACACCUGAUCCUCGCACUUCACCAGGCAGAAUAUCACAUCAGCCACCAGCAGCACCAAGGCUCCAUAGCCAUUCGAAAUGGCAUCCGUCAAGGUUGCGUCUUAUCUCCACUGCUGUGGGUUUGCGUAACUUCAUUUAUGCUCCACCGCCUCGGAUUGGCUACCAGCGCCGGCUGGGUCCGCGAAGCGGUCACAGCUUUUGCAGAUGACUUCAUCUGCACACAUGACCUGCGCUCCCUGCAAGACGCGGCCGAUAUGCAGCACCGGGUACAGCAGCUCUUUCGUAUAUUGGCCGAAGCCGGAAUGCAGGUCAAUACCGAGAAGUCGCAGUUCCUCAUUAAGGUUACAGGGGGUGCCCUUAAGAGAUGGGUACAGAAACGCAAACAUCACAUACGGGAUGUGGCACAUGUUAAUCUAGGCACCCCCUUUGCGCCACUGCCGCUGGCCUGCGUUGACCAAAUUGAGUACUUGGGUGUGGUUGUAAGCUACGGCGCCUAUGAGGAGCAGACGUUGGCCAAACGCCUAGAUGCUGCCAGGGCUAACCUAGCUAGGCUUUCCAAGUACCUCUUCGGUAAACGAGGCCUCAGCCUGCGACACCGAAUCAGCAUGUACAGGGUAUGCGUCCGCAGUGCCACGCUGUACGGACUGCCGGCAGUAGGAGUAACCGAAAAGGGCCUGCAAACACUGCAUAAAUUUGAAAUCAAGCAUUUAAGAGCCAUUGCCAAGUCGCCGCGGCACUUAAGUCAUGAGACCAAUGCAGCGUUGAUGGCACGCCUCGGCUACACACCGGUGGCAGAGGCGCUAGGAGCCCUCAUGCAAAACCGGCUGGCAGCAAUGCACGCUGCACAAGUACCGUUCCCGGGGCUGGAGCCAGAGAUUGCAUGGCAGCAAGAAUUACAUACCCGCCUCGUCGAAGCUCGACACCUCACGCAGUUGACCAGCCUGUUGCCCUGUAGUCAGGACGGUGUUGCAUGCCCCGAAUGCGGUCUGUAUUUUCCCAACCGAAGAAUUAUGCGAGGCCACGUCAAACGCAAGCAUGGAUAUAGCCUAGUGCCAGAGCAGUUUGCUGAUAAGAAAGCCAGGUAUGAAAUUGACAUUACGCAACACUGCGUGGAUGGCAUGCCGGUAUGCAGGCAUUGCAGGCGUACAUUUCGGAAGUGGCGUGGCUUCCAAGACCACAUCCUACGCGGCUGCCAGUCUAUGACUUUGCCCCUGACGGCAGUGUCACAGGGCGCUGAGACUCAGCCUUCGCCUCCGCUGGCUCCCGCUUUGCAGUUCGCUGCGGGGAGCCAGCCAGGGCCAAAUGCAGCAGAUGAACAGCAAGACCCUCCUCAUACCCCUGCCGCCAACGAGAGAUCCAGCAUCUUACGCCCCUUCAUUAGCGAGCCACAGCUAAUGCAACAACUUGUAACGGACUGGGUAAAGACGGCUGAGGAACAGGGCGCUGUGCUUAGUAGUCACUGUGCAUUCUGUACGCAAUGGUGCUCCAAAGAAAAAGGGGGCAUCAAGAACCACAUCCGGCGAAUGCAUCCUGAUCUCUGGAAGCACAAGGAAGAUGUCAAUCGCAGGCUCAAGAAGCACUAUACCGGCUUAGGUACAAAGGCCCUUGCAAGGCUUGCGCUUUCCAGCCCCUCAGUACCGCCGCGCACCCACCCGUCUGCACUGCGUAUUUCCAAGCGUGUUUGUUGCACACAAUCACUACGCAUGAGGUCACCCUCCAUGACUGGCAAGACCGAGCAGCCAAAGACGACGGAGGCGGAGGAGGAGAUCGGGGAUAUGUUCUCGCACCACUUGAACCCUCGCACAAGGGCGCGGGAGGAAGCGGAGCCAGCCGAGGACUCUCGGAAGUGGCACAAGCCGAGCAACAAGGGGGGCAAAGGACAGCCCUGGGGCCGCGAACUCUGCCUACGCCACGAAGACACGGAAGCAGCGGUCCGGGUGGACUCCAGCUUCAUGCUCUACCUGGACACCCGGGGAAGCCUCAGCAUCACCCGCCAGCUCUUCGACAUCAGUGCAGACUGGAAGGUGAAGAAGGAGGCCGGACAGUGCAACCAAUCCUUGCGCACCACCCUGAUCAUCUCGAUGCUCUCCCACAUGCGACGGCUAAUGGAGACCGCCCUCGAAGACGACAACAGGCCCACCAUGGAGAAGCAUGGGUGGGUGACAAGGGCCAACCCACCUGGUUGGGCCUACAUGGUCUACAACCCGGAGACGGAAGCGCAGGAGGUGGAUGCCAAGCGCCCUCCGCUGCCACACGCCGACAUCAAGGCCUCGAUCCACAGGAUCUUCGAGCUGAUCACAGUGGAGAACGUGCUCCACAAAUUCCAUGCCACGCGGCCGAUGGCGGAGAAGUACCAGUCCGAGGUCCUCCCGAUGAUUCUCAUGAUUUCCAACAGAGGCCCACUAGCGGACGAGCUCCGCAGCUGCCUGGUCAAGCUCUGCGACAAUGCCUGCAUGCGCCUCAUCGGCGCCCGGAUGCGCCAGGAUCGCCUCAAAAGGCAGCCGCUGGCAGUGAAGCUGUCGGAAGUGGCGGCCAACCUGCUCGACCAGACGAACCCGGGGAAGGCGAAGAGCAGCGGCGACAACAAGGGCGGCAACGAGAAGGAGGCGGACCAGGAGCUCAAGUAA